AUGGGGAGUCAACUGGAGAGGCAGAUGCAGAGGUCGGAAUUGGAGCGGCUGGUGGCGAUGACGGUGAAAACAUACCCGGUGGGGAAUGAGACGCCUCUGGAGUGGGCAAUGGAGUUGGCGAAACGCCUGGCGGGAAUGAGCGGGGGACUGCCCAGCACGGACUUAGCAGAAGUAGUAGUGGCCCAGCUCUGUUUUUCCAACAACAACCCUUCCAUGUGGAAAUUCCUCCAUCAGGCCGUCUCCUGCGGUCUUCUUUAUCCUUUCCACGUCCUUUCCCUCCUCACUUCCAGAAUUAUUCCAUAUCGAACGUCUCAACCAGAGGCUUAUAGACUCUACCUUGAACUUCUAAGCAUAUACACAUUUUCAUUUAUACCUCUUGGAACGGAUGCUUCUAAAAAGAAGAUAGCGAAGUCCGUAGAUGUUGCUCUUCAGCUUUCAGAGACAUAUAGCUUUCAAGUUUUUGAACUUGGCCAUGCAAUGGUUUUGUGCUUAUUUAGCAUUAUUGUUCACUUAAUUGAUAGCACAUUGGAUGAUUUGGGAUUGCAAAUGGGAUCAAAAGGUGGAGCAUGUGAAGUAACCAAAAGUGAAGAUACCCAGAGAAUGGACAUAGACUUUAGAGAGAAUCAGGUCCAUAAAACAAAUGAAUUUCAUGAACAGAUAAGACGAACAAAUGCUUUUAUGUGCCUGGAGGUUUUGACAAAGCUAACAGACAACAAAAGAGCUUUGGGUUUACUUCGACUUGUUCACUUGAAUUUACCUGAAAAGUUUAAUGGCCUUCUAAGAAAGAUGGAGUUUCUUGAAGCUCAUAGGUUGUCACCAAAUUUGAAGCCCUUAAGCCAACUUCUACCAAAGUUGUCUACAAAUAUCCGCAGAGCCUCAGUUCUGGAGUGUCAGCUGAGCAAGCACCAGCUCAUUGGAGCACUCUUGGAUAAUGGAUCCUGUAAAUUGGCUUCACCUUGUCAUUCUGUAGCUGGUCGGUUCAAUUGCUGGGUUGCUUUUGACAUAUGCAUGGAGGAUGCAAUGGAUGGCAAACAAUUCCCUGUAACUUCAGCUAUUGAUAUACUUCAGGAAACUAUCAUUACACUUCAAGUAUUUAAUAGGGCAAGCUGGCAAGAGACUUUCCUCGCACUUUGGCUUUCAGCUCUUCGGCUAGUUCAACGAGAUCGUGACCCCUUGGAAGGGCCCUUUCCUCAUCUUGAGGCUCGCCUUUGCGUUCUAUUGUCUAUUGUCCCUUUGGCAAUUGCUCGUGUUUUUGAGGAUAAUUUAACAUUUUAUAGUUCUUCUCUUCGAGAGGGUACGACACCCAAGCAUUUGAACCCUGAUUGUGAACGCGGUAAGAGUGGCAUUGUUCUUACUUCAAGAAGACAAGGGCUAAUUUCUUCUCUUCAAGCUCUAGGCCAGUAUCAUACCCUCCUGUGCUCCCCUGCAUCAGUUGUUGAUGCAUCAAAUAAUGCAGCUGCUAAGGCUGCGCGUUUCAUCCGAAGGGCUAAAAAUGUGAAAGAUGGGAUUGAUGUAGGUGAUUACAGUGAAGUUUUUGUCAAAGAAGGGGGUGACUUGAGGCAUCUUAUAGUGGAAGCUUGCAUUGCGAGAAACUUAAUUGACACCUUGGUAUAUUUUUGGCCUGGUUAUGCUCCUGCAUCAAUCUCUGAGUCACAUUCAUCACCUUGUCAAAGAUCUCCUUGGUCAUCAUUUAUGGACGGAGCUCCAUUGACAGAUAACCUAGUGAAUUUGCUCAUCAGAAAUCCAGCAUCAAGUUUAGCAGAGAUUGAGAAGUUAUAUCAUAUUGCAUUGUUUGGGAAGGAGGAUGAGAAGUUAGCGGCAGCAAAGAUUCUAUGUGGUUCAUCUCUCAGCCAUGGAUGGAAUAUCCAGGAACAUGUCAUUCACUUCGUCCUCAAGCUUCUUUGUCCUCCUGUACCUCCAAAUUUUACUGAAUCCCGGAGUCAUCUUGUGGAAUAUAUGCCAAUGCUUAGUGCUGUCCUUCACAGUGCUACCACAAUUGAUAUAGCUCACAUUAUUUCCUUGCAUGGCAUGGUCCCUGAAGUUGCAGCGGCUUUAAUGCCACUCUGUGAGGUGUUUGGAUCUCUUGUACCAACAUCAAGUCUCAAGAUGAGCACAUAUAAUGAGUCGUCAACAUACAUGGUAUUUUCUUUGGCAUUUCUCUUUUUGAUGCGCUUGUGGAAAUUUUAUAGACCUCCGGUUGAGCACUGUAUCACUGGGCGUGGAGGGGCAAUUGGAAGUGAACUCACGCUGGAGUAUCUUUUGAUAUUACGAAAUAGUCGCAUCCAAUUUUCCAAUGGUGAUUCUCAAGGUGAAAGAAUCGGCAAUGCAAACUUGCUCAGAUCUAUAUCAGAUGGACCUAUAUAUAUAGAUUCUUAUCCAAAAUUACAGGCUUGGUACAGUCAAAAUAGGUCCUGUAUAGCCUCAACACUUUCUGGUCUGCGCAGUGGAAAUCCUAUUCAUCAAGUUGCUAAUAAGAUUCUAAAUAUGAUCUAUGGUAGACUGACAAGAAGUGGGACUUCAUCUGAUAAUUCUUCAACACCAUCAUGCAUCACAAGAGGUCCCUCUGUAAACAGUGCAGAAGAUGCUGGCCAAAUACCCUUUCUCCCAGCAUGGGUUAUCUUGGAAGCCGUUCCUUUUGUUCUUGAGGAAAUCUUAACAGCUUGUGCUUACGGAAGACUUUCAUCAAGGGACUUGACAACGGGCCUGAGGGACCUAGUGGACUUCCUGCCUGCUUCACUUGCCACAAUAAUCACGUACUUCUCCGCAGAAGUGACACGUGGCUUAUGGAAACCGGUACCAAUGAAUGGAACAGACUGGCCUAGUCCUGCAGCUAAUCUUAUGUCAGUUGAGUCUGAAAUGAAAGAAAUACUUUCUGCCGCUGGUGUUAAUGUUCCAACUACUACAUCUGGGGUUUUACCAGCUAUGCUUCCACUGCCCAUGGCAGCUCUAGUCAGCUUAACCAUUACUUUCAAACUUGACAAGAGCUUGGAGUACAUCCAUGCUGUUGCUGGACCUGCUUUGGAGAACUGUGCUGCGAGCUGUGCAUGGCCUAGCAUGCCUAUAAUUGGUUCUUUGUGGGCCCAAAAAGUCCAUCGCUGGCAUGAUUUUAUCGUUGUAUCUUGUUCCCGCUCUAUUUUCAGGCAGAAUGGGGAAGCUGUUUCUCAGCUUUUGCGGAGUUGCUUUACGUCAUUUCUUGGAUCAUUCCAUCCUUCGACCUCGUUAUUGUCAACUGGAAAAAGUGUAAAUAGUCUCUUGGGUAACUUCAUCUCAGCCCGUGGCCUUCAACCCCCUGUAGCACCUGGGUUUCUGUAUCUUCGGUCUUGUCGCACAAUACGCCACAUCCAACAUGUGAAUAAUGUGAUUGUAGCUCUUGUAGUUGAGUUUUCACGCAACUCAGCAAUGCAAUGGGCAAGAACAGGCUCUCCACGUUUGAAAUCUGGUCAACCAUCUUUAGCUGUCGCUGCUUCCCAAGCAAAGGAGGUGGCCACACUUGGUGCAAGUCUCUUAUGCAUAGCGGGUGGGCUCCGCCUAGUCCAAGAGUUAUACCAAGAAACUGUGCCUACUUGGUUGCUCUCUGCAGGAAAAGGAAAAUGGGGUGAGGCGAGUGCAGUAUGCCAGAUAUUGGAAGGAUAUGCAAUGGCGUAUUUGUUAGUUUUGUCUGGGGCUUUUGUAUGGGGUGUUGGUGCCAAAAAACCUUCACGGGGACUUUCCAGAAGAUCUAGAACUCUUGGUACCCACAUGGACUUUAUAGCGGGUGUGCUAAAUGGUGACUUAUUGCUUGAAUGUGAUCCGAUCACCUGGAAAGCUUAUGUCUCUUGUUUGGUGGGUUUAACUGUGAGUUUUGCGCCUAUAUGGAUUCAGGAAGUGAAGCAGGAGACCUUACGGAUAUUGGCUAAUGGAUUAAGAGGAUGGCAUGAGACUGAACUUGCUCUAACUCUCCUUGAAAGAGCAAGGAACUGUGUCAUUUUCAGGAUAGCCAUAACUAAAGCAAGAUCAUUGGCCAAAGGUUGCAUUCUUCGCAGUCACGUCCAUUUGCUCAUCCUCGACUACUGGAGACACGACCUGAGUUGUCAUGGCUCUCAAUCUUCCAACAAAUCGUGGCAAAAUGUUUCAUCAAAUAAAUAUCUCAAGUUAGAAUCUCAUUGGACUCUGAUGGAGUAA